GGCGGAAGCUACGGAGCUCACGGAGCGGCGGAGCAAGGCGGAGGGCAGGGCGCCGCUGGCCGGCUAGCCAGGCCCUCUCCGCGCCGCUCCCGCUGGAGUUCCAAGAACCGGCAGGCCUGGCGGGGGCUCCGGCACAGGCAUGCACAGCGCUCGGCUUGACAGCUUCCUGAGCCAGCUCCGCUGGGAACUGCUGUGUGGCCGGGACACAGGCUCACCACCAAUGCCUGGCCCUCUUCUGCCACCCCCCAAAUGUGGCCCAGGUGUGCAGCUCAAGGCCUCAGAUGGCUUGGAAGAGAACUCGGUCUGUUGUGUGGAAGAAGAGGAAGAAGAAGCUGUGGUGACACGAGGCAGGAGUGUAGCCUUGGGGGGCCCCAGGGAGCAUGCCCUAGACUGGGACUCUGGCUUCUCGGAGGUGUCAGGCAGCACAUGGAGAGAGGAAGAGCUGCCCAUACUCCAGCACCCAGCACCCCCAGCAUGGCCCCCCCAUAGACAGAGCCUCUCGGCCAGUGGCAUGCCCCUGCCCAGAGGGGCCCCUGUGGCCAGUGCACCACCUGCUCACCGACCACGGCCCAAGUCCACCCCAGACACCUGCCUGGAGCAUUGGCGGGGGCUGGAAGCUGAGGACUGGACAGCAGCGUUGCUGAGCAGAGGUCGCAGCCGCCAGCCCCUUGUGCUGGGGGACAACUGCUUUGCUGACUUGGUGCACAACUGGAUGGAGCUGCCUGAGGCAGUGGGUGAGGAAGACGAUGCGGGUGGGCCCCGUGCCCGUGCUCGGCCCCCCCAGUUUCUGCUUGGCCUCUCUGAGCAGCUGCGGCGCCAGCUGGCCAGGGCACGCCGGGCAGCCAUGGCGGGAAAGCGACUGUCAUGCCCACCUCGCUCAGAACCCGAACUGCCAGCAGAUGUCUCACGCUUUGCAGCCCUCAUGAGCUGCCGCAGUCGCCAGCCCAUCAUCUGCAGUGAUGUCAUCAGCUACCUCUGACCCUGCCCUCCAGCCUGGGACAAUAAAGACCUUUCUUUGGACUGUCCUGGUUCCAUAGCCCUGAGGCUCCAG